CUUCCGCAGUCAGUUCUUCUUCUUCUUCUUCUCCAUCGCCAUGCCAGCGCUCCAAUCAAGAACACUCAUCCUCAUCACCUUCUCAAUCAAAUAGAUUCAUUCCUACGCUAUCUCUCUCUCUCUCUCUCUCUCUAUCUUUGUUUUUGGUGAUUUUCCUAUACACAAUUCAAGGCACAAGGUGUCCACGUCUUUCAGUACAAUCUACAGAUUAAGCAUUGUCGAAUUCAUCCAAUCUCCAUUUCUGAAUUUUCCAGAUCCACAAAACAAAGAUUUGAUUCACAGCUCUAGUGAUGUUUGAAGAAACAAUAAGCCAUCCCUGUGAAGAAAUUAAAGUGAGUUUUGGCUAUCAAUGUAAUAGAGAGUUAAGUGAUUCAUGUGACAUUCCAAAUGGAGGUGGAGGUGGUGGUGGUGGUAAACUACGAAGAACCAGCAGUUCUUUCUCUUGUCUCUCGGGUGCAGCCUUGAGUGCAAAUGCUACUCUGGCUAAUACAAAUAUGUGCCAUGGUUUUAUUGGAGCAGAGAUUCUUCCAAACUUGGACUCUCCAAAGUCAUUUAGAAGAAUUCCUUCUUCGCCUACACUUUCUAAGUUGGAUCAGUUGUCUUCUUCUCUUCACAGCUACCCAAGUUGUCCUUCCACCCCGAGUGACCUGACUGAAUGCGAUUCCUAUUUGAUAACAUCCAUGAGUGCUCCAUCCAGAAGUGAAGGUUUCCUUAAUGCUGUAGAGGUUGAAGUGGCAGGAGGUGCUGCAGGUGAAGAUAGGGUUCAAGCAGUUUGUUCUGAAGAGAAUGGAUGGCUUUUCUGUGGUAUAUAUGAUGGUUUUAACGGUAGAGAUGCAGCAGAUUAUCUUGCUGGUACUUUCUAUGAUACCAUUGGUUUAAACCUGAACAUAUUAGGUUCAGAACUGAAACUAGAUUCUGUUGAAGUUUCUGAAUGUCUAGAUCAUAUGGAGAACUCUGCUGAUAAAAACUUUUCACUUACACAUAUUGUACUUGACAGCCUCCGACGUGCUCUAUGCCAGGCUGAAAAUGAUUUCCUUCACAUGGUUGAACAGGAAAUGGAGGACCGACCUGAUCUUGUAUCAAUUGGGUCGUGUGUAUUGAUUGUGCUUCUCCAUGGUAAAAACUUGUACACCCUCAAUUUGGGUGAUAGCCGUGCUGUAUUGGCAACAUAUGAUGAUGGGAAUGGGAAAGUGACUAACAACCUUCGUGCUGUACAGCUGACUGAAAGUCAUACACUUGAUAAUGAAAUUGAGAGGACCCGUCUUCUUAUAGAGCAUCCUGAUGAUCCUGAAACAAUUGUAAGUGGAAAAGUGAAAGGAAAAUUGAAAGUCACAAGGGCUUUUGGUGUAGGCUACUUGAAGAAGAAAAAACUGAAUGAUGCAUUGAUUGGAAUUCUACGAGUUAGGAACCUUUUAAGCCCUCCAUAUGUGUCGAAUGAGCCAUACUUGAGUGUACAGAGGAUAUCAUAUUCAGAUAAUUUUGUUAUAGUUGGAAGUGAUGGUUUGUUUGAUUUCUUCAGUAAUGAGGAAGCUGUGGAAUUGGUAGAUUCUUAUAUGGAAGAAAAUCCUUCAGGGGAUCCAUCAAAGUUCCUGUUGGAGAAGCUUGUUGAAAGAGCGGCUAAUUCUGCAGGUUUCAGUGCAGAAGAAUUAUUGAGUAUUCCUGCUGGUUAUAGGAGGAAUUAUCACGAUGAUGUUACAGUGAUUGUGAUCAUUCUCGGGCAACAUAAACGCACAACAAAGGCAUCAACAUGCCUGUAAUUGUAAGUUCUUUUAAUUAAUUUUCAUAUAUAUGUAUUGUUGUGCAUGCAUGUGUAUAAUAACAAUAAUAAUAUCAUCAUAUAUAUGAUAUCUUCUCCAUCUCAAUGUGUUCAAAGUAAUAUUGCAAGUUGGGUGAGUGGAAAGUGCAAUAUAAAUCAAAUCAAAAAAGUGGUCAAAAUUUUGUGAAUCUUUUCAUUCUAUAUA